AUGUUCCGUGCGAUGGAGCCCCGCGCACACACCAGCGGCGGAGUGCAGUUGCGCGGAUUCGAGCUCCCGCGGGAGGAAUCCGCUCUUCCGGCGGAAGAGAUCUGCGCAGAGCCGCCACACCCGAGUUUUUCUUCUGGCGACGGUGCGCGGGUGCGCGGAAUGACCAAGAUGAGCCGCCGCCUAUGGGGAAGCGGGCGCCCCUGGUCUCCCCCCAGAAUGUACAGCCGCCGCCUGUGGGGGAGCGGGAGACCGUGGUACGGCAAGGAAAGCUCGGGACUGGUACUAGACCUGGUGAAUAACCCGGUUUGGCCAUUCCUUCCACCUGCUCAAGCCAAGCGGGAGGAGGCAAAUAAGUCUCCCUCUCCAAAUUUCCUUCCAAACCCCUCCAUACCCCUCCAAACCCCUCCAUACCUCUCCAACAUCACAUACCCUUCUCAGAGGGAGCUUAUGUCAUGCUAUGGCAUAUUGUUCAACAGCCUCUUCACCAUCACCAACAUGCCUGUCAAGAGCUCGCUGAAGUGGGUGGUGGGCUGCGCUGGAUUCGCGUUCUUUCUGCAUAGGCAGGGCCAGCUCGAGGACUACAUGCACCUGCUGGUCUCUGCCUUCAACCCGGCAGCAGUGGGCAACGAGAUGUGCCGAAACCUCAUCCGCUUUACAAUCCCACCCCAUAUUCCGCCUCUUCCCCCCAACCCUUUCUCUCCCAUUCUCUCCCCUGCCUCUCCCCUCACCCGCGCAGAUCUCUGCCUUCAACCCAGCAGCAGUUGGCUACGUGAUGUGUUUGUUUAG